CGGUCAUGGUCAUGCGCCUCAGUGACUUGCCCGAGGGAGAUCGUCUUCAAGUGGGGCAAGAUAUCAAAGUCGGCGAUAGGGCUGAAUGCACAUAUUAACAGUAAGGACAGCGGUGAAUCUGGUAUGAAUCUUUGUGAUUUUGCUUCUUGAUAGUUUUCCUGGGCGCUGGAAGGAAGUCAAGAUGGAGCCAGGAUAUAUACGGCUCAAACAAAACUUCGAGGGUGGUGGGACUCCUGCUGUAGAGUCCGGCCACGACGCUGUCCUCAGUAUUUCCGGCGGGACCUUUACUAGGGACGAUGGUAUGAGAGACAAAAGAUCACAUAAUUCCGCUAUUCAUGCAUCACAGGUAAUCAGAUAACCGCACGGUCCAAACGGGAUGCAUGGCUAAAGGCAAAGUGAUCAGAUAUCGAUAUAGGUACCAGUGGACUACACACUGGCACUCAAAGCUUCGGUGUUGUCAUAUAUGGACCUCGGCCUAACGACCGUCACAGUACU